AUGACGGCAUUCGCUUCACUUCCUCUUCCGUCACUGUCCCUCUCUCCCCCCACCAUCCAACCACCGAGACCCCUUGCCUCUGUUCUGCAACCUCCAAUUGACAUCCCAAACCCUGUUAUCCGCCACUAUCGUGAGAACCAAGUCUGCAAUCGACCAGUUCCUCCAAACCUGAAGACCAACGAGCGAACGAGUCCAUUUCACUCCAAAUCGUCCUUAUUGUGCUCGGCGUCGUGGUUGGCUUUGACCCGACCCGACGGUCCCGUUACUUCCGGCGGGUCCGAGGCCGUGGUGACUCAACCCAAAGGCAGCCACUCAGCUUCGGGGCGGCAUGAGGAGGAGAGAGUGUUGAUCAGUGAGGUGUUGGUGAGGAACAAGGAUGGGGAGGAGAUGGAGCGCAGGGACCUCGAGGACGAGGCUCUCGCAGCGCUCAAGGCGUGCCGCCCCAACUCCGCCCUCACUGUUCGGGAGGUUAAAGAGGACGUGCAUAGGAUAAUUGAUACCGGAUACUUCUGUUCUUGCUUGCCCGUAGCCGUUGAUACCCGGGAUGGUAUCCGUCUAGUAUUUCAGGCAUGA